GACCGCUAGGAGCGAGGGUUGAACAUUGGUCUAUCAUAAUUAUGGCGUUUCUGUUAAUAAUUUUCAUUCCAGCAAUUUUACUGAUCCUUUACCGAAAAUUUCGUCUACUGAAGCCUGACCCUGAACUCGUCAAGUCUUUUCUGCGAGGAGGCCUAUCGGACAAAUCACCAGAGUUAAUCGCGCACAGAGGAGGAUCGGCAGAAGCUCCUGAAAAUACCUUGGCUGCUUUUCGAUCGGCGAAAGAAAAUGGAGCUAUUGGUGUGGAGUUUGACGUUGAUUUCACGAAAGACAGUAGGGCUGUUGUUAUUCAUGAUGCUACCGUUGAUAGGACUACGAAUGGAAGUGGUCCCGUCAGUAGUUUUACUCUGGAAGAAAUUAGAAAAUUGGAUGCAUCGGUGAAACAUCCACUGAGGGUCAACUACUGCAACUUUCUUCUUAGUGAGGCUUCCCUUCUUGCAAAAUACCAGCUAGCAUUUGAAAUAAAGUGGACAGCUCAAUAUCUGAAGAAUCUGUUCUCAAGCUAUCACCUGUAUGAUAAGGCCCUUGUGUGCUGUUAUUUUCCCAGUGUUAUUUAUCAGGUAAGAAAGGUAGAUCCACAAAUUGUGACAGCUCUAGUAUGGUGGAGGGAUACUCUGAGUUAUAUUUUGACAGGAGGGAAGGAACUAUUUGAGAUCAAGAGUUCCAUUAAAGUAUCAGUGUUGAGUUUCUUUGAUAGACUGUGGGAAUCACUCUUGCCUUGGUUUCUUGAUUUUGUUGGCGUUCCCAUUCUGUCUUGUGCCAAGGAGCAUGUGUGCAAGGACAUGUUGGAAAUGUGGAGUGAGCAGGGCAUUCAAGUGGUUGCUUGGACUGUCAAUCACAAGGAAGCAAAGGAAUUCUUUAGAGACUGUCUCAAUUGCCCCAUUAUAACUGAUUGUGUUCUGAGCGAGUCUGUCUGGAAUGAACAGAUGUGAAUUGCAGGCAAAUUCACAACUGUUCAGCCAGUAAAUUGCUAAACUUUAUUUCUACGAGGUCUUAUUUUUGAUGAAAAUUUUUUAUCCAUUUGUUGAGGAAUUUCUUUAGAUAGGGAACAAAAGCUUUGAGAUUGCACACAAAGGGAUAACAUUUGAAUAAGGAUAAAUGAAAAGAUUUCUAUUUAUUCUUGUAAAAUGUAAAUUCAAUAAUCAAAUUUACUUCAGUCUGUGACAUUUGUCAAUGAGAUCAAUUCACUUCAGCGUCUGAAGUGCAAAAUCGAAUGUUUUCUUUUCAAAUGGCAUUUUUCAGUUAUAAGGUAACAAGGUAAUU